AUGGGGAAGGAGGAGGAGGAGGAGUUGGUGGGCAGAGAGACGUUCGUGGAGGAGAUGAUGAACUCGAGCAAGAGGAUCGAGAGCCAUCUGGACAAGCUCCAGGUGCUCAACAAGGAGUUCUGCAUCCGGCCCAUGACAACCAAGAGUAACGACGGCCAGAAAAAGAAGGGACGGUUCUCAUCUCAGGUGGACCCCUGGGUCUUUCAGCCGAAAUGCCAGGCCUGUGUAAGAGAGGUCGCGUUCCUCCGCAAGCAGGGUGUGCUUGAGUCAGAUAUCCUGAAGAAGGACAGCAGGUGCAGGAAGUGCAACGCGACGCUGCUGGAGCUGUCGAAUCAGUUCGUCAAGAUGAUGAGGGUGGAGAACUUUCGCUACCUCCAUGCAGUGAUGAGGACGACUGAGAGUGAAGGAAGGCAAGAGGAAACGAAGACAGAAGCAUCACAGCAAGUGGAGGAGGAGGCGUUUGCGGGAAGGGAGGAAGUCGAUCCGCUCGAGCACACUAGGAAGUUCCUCCGGUCGGAGCUCAGCAGGAUAGAUGGAGAUGGAGCCCUUCAUAUCCCCUCCACCAGCAAGCUGCCCUCCGCACAGAGCGCUCCUUUUCUCCGCUCUUGCCUGGAUGCCGUCGAGGACACGUUGAAACUGUACAGAAGUCAAGACGACGAGAAGACGCGGGUAGCGCUGAGGAAGAGGUACCUCCUCUUCGAGAAGGCAAUGCACCACUGGACCUAUCGAGUCUCAGGAAAAGCUUUCCGCAAGUGGAAGUUGGAGACAGGAGACAUCCUCGAGCGAGUGAAAAUGUGA